AUGGCAAUAUCGGCGUCCUGCCUGUUGAGCUUGACGGCGGCGCCGAUGGAUCCGCCGGCGGAGGCCUGGCAGAAACCGAAUAGCCCGGCAAUCCGCGCCGACAUUGAACCGCUUCAGGUGGCGCGCGUGCGGCUCGUCGUUGAGCGUCUCGGGGGUUACGGACGCGAGGAAGUCGACGUAGUCCGGCGAGUGGAAGAGGCGUAUGUCCUCGGGAUCGGCGGGGAACGGGCGGCAUAUGUCCAUGCGCCGGUGGAGGGAGUAGCUGACGACCAGAUUGUGCGCCAUACGGAUACGGUGAGGCUUCAUCGGGUGGCCCUGGCCGUAGUUAGUUCGGUUCGUUAA